AUGGCAAGCAGUGCCGUCGUCGUCCCCACCUCUCCAAGAAAGUUGGAGGGAAAGGUGGCCGUGAUCACUGGCGGGGCGAGCGGGAUCGGCGAGCGCACGGCGCGGCUGUUCGUGGAGCACGGCGCCCGCGUCGUGGUGGCCGACAUCCAGGACGAGGCCGGGGCGCGCGUCUGCGCCGAUCUCGGCGCGGGAGCCGCCAGCUACGUCCACUGCGACGUGACCAGCGAGGACGACGUCGCGGCCGCGGUGGACCACGCCGUGGCGACGUUCGGUGCGCUGGACAUCAUGUUCAACAACGCGGGCGUCAGCGGGCCGGCGUGCUACAGCGUCCGGGACAGCGGCAAGGCUGACUUCGAGCGCGUGCUAGCCGUGAACCUGGUGGGCCCGUUCCUCGGCACCAAGCACGCGGCGCGGGUGAUGGUGCCCGCGCGCCGAGGCGGCUGCAUCAUAGGCACGUCGAGCGCGGCGGCGGCGGUGACCGGCGUGUCCUCGUACGCGUACGCGUGCGCGAAACGGGCGCUCGUGGCGCUGACAGAGAACGCGGCGGCGGAGCUCGGCCGGCACGGCAUCCGCGUCAACUGCGUCUCCCCCGCGGGGGUCGCCACGCCGCUGACCAUGAGGUACAUGGGCCUCGAAGCGGAGGCGUUUGAGCAGGCAAUGGAGGCCAUCGCCAACCUCAAGGGCGUGGGCGCCCUGCGAGCGGACGACGUCGCCGCCGCCGUGCUCUUCCUCGCCAGCGACGACGCGCGGUACAUCAGCGGCCACAACCUGUUCGUCGACGGCGGCAUCUCCGUCGCGAACCCGUCCUUUGGAACGUCCAAACACUGA